CCGCCGGCUGCACAGUUUCGGGAACGACGACAACAAACGGGCCUCGUUGGACUGGAUGAAUUCGCCGCUGCGUUCCGAUCGCGAUUUUUGCCAUAUCUUUCACUAGUUCGGACAGCGACCGACGGUCGAUCGGCAACGCGCUGAGCGAAGACCGCCCGGACACAGCAAGUUCAUGUUAUGCAUACGGCGAUGGCGCGCUUCGUGGUCCUCGCCGUCGUGCUUCAUGGCCUCCUCGCGGGGGCGGGACCGGCGCCGGUAAGUCCAGUGCGCGGCAGCAGCGCACGGAGCUCACGUACCGCGUGCUCUCGGCGGAGCGCUGCCCCGACGUCCAGGGCAUGGCCAUCUCCAGCAGCAACUCGUCGCUGCGCAUGGUGGGCAGGACCAAGGUGGUGUUCGACAUCGACUUCAUGGUCGAGAGGCCGGCGUCCACCCUCACCAAGUUGGCAGUGAACGAGACGCGCUGCCGCGAGCGAGUGUCCGAGGCGACCUGCACUCCGGGCCGCAACUUCGCCAUCAAGAGCGGCGUCUGCGCGGUGCUGGGCAUGAAGAUGAUGCCCUGGACCGAGCUGGUGGACAACAUGCAGCCGCCUCUGCGGUGUCCCAUGAAAAAGGGCCUGUUCUCCGGGCGCGGCAUCGGCAUCGACAUGCAGGUGGCCAAGAUGACGAUCCGGCCCGACGAGGACGUCGGCACCGUGGUGGUGGGCCGCGGCACCGUGUUCGACCAGGACCACGCGCCCUACCUGUGCUUCCAGGUGACGGUGGACUUGGUGCGCGUCAGGGUCCGGACCUAACCAGAGGCCUGGCUCAACGCAGCACUGGCACACAAAUGCAAUGUAUUGUAAUUUUCUUUUAGUCAUCAAUCCAUUAAAGAAGUCCAGGUGCUUUGUGGGUCAUCACAGCA